AUGGGCCCUCCAAUCCCCUGGAUCGCCCCGUGCAUCUUCGCCUGUCUAAUUGCCAUGGCCAACUACGCAAUCUACAUGGCAACAAUCGACUACAUGGUCGCGGCCUACGGACCGUAUUCUGCGUCCGCGACUGGAGGCAAUGGAUUUGCGCGUGAUUUCCUCGCUGGUAUCGCGACCAUGUAUGCUACGCCAAUGUACUCGAAUAUCGGGCAGAAGUACCAUCUCCAGUGGGCGAGUACCAUUUUGGGAUGUGUGGGUUUCUUGGUGCUUAUUCCGCUUUAUGUGUUUUAUUGGAAGGGUCCGGAGAUUCGGGCGAAGAGCAAGUUUGCGCAGCAGCUUGCUGCGGAUCGGGAGAAGCAUACUGAGAGGAGGCAGAGUCAGCUCCGGUCUGAGAAUGCUUAA